CUCUCUGACACAGACUCUCUACUUAGUGCGUUGAAGAGAGGACUGAGGCUCACACUAUCAGCGCAGCUUCUCAAUGGGGGGACGCAGCCAAGAGCAGACAGAGCAGUCAUUCCACUGGAGCCUUCCGCUGCAUGCGUGAGAAGGAGACGACAAGUGAGGGGGGUAAAUUAGCUCCCUGUCAUCACAACAGAGGAGUUCUACUGACGGAGAGGAGUGAAGGAAGGAGAGGACAAGAAAUCUGAUCGUAUAUGUGGCUGAUACAGCAGUGACAUGAUCAGUUUCCCAUCCCUCAAAUCCUGGCCAGUUUGUGACUUAGAGCCCUGGGUGUCUUGCUUUUGGUGACUGUGUUGCCACGGACUUCAAAAGGGAACCACGAAAAGCACCAGAUUACAGAAUAUUGAGGAGAAGAACAUCAUUUUGUGCAGUGUUCGGCUUAUCUGGUACUGGAAUUUCAGGCGGGAAUCCCUGGCUUCAAAGUAUGGAUGGAUUAAAGACAGAGGAGUGAGUCUGCUGGGAAGGCAGGCAGUGAUUCUGACUGAGCACCUUUCCUCCUGAACACACUGCUCAGACUCGGCCUUACCAUGUCCUGGUUGUUGGCCAUGUGGAUUAGCCUCGGCUUCCUGCUGUUGUGCCAGGCCACACUCUACCAGACCAUCCAGCAGCACCAUGUGGCCCGGCCCGGUCGCACCGACAUUCUCACCCUGGAGGGAGGUACGUGUGAGGUGAUUGCCGCCCACCGAUGCUGUAACAAGAAUCGCAUUGAGGAGCGUUCUCAGACAGUCAAGUGCUCCUGUUUACCGGGGAAAGUGGCCGGGACAACACGCAACAAACCAUCUUGUGUGGAUGCGUCCAUUGUAAUUGGGAAAUGGUGGUGUGAGAUGGAACCAUGUCUGGAGGGAGAAGAGUGUAAGACUCUGCCUGACAACUCUGGAUGGAUGUGCUCCUCUGGGAACAAAAUCAAGACCACAAGAAACACCCAGCCAUACUCCCCUUUUUAGCUUCCGGAAGCAAAAUGCAGAGGAUGCGUCAACAGAAAUUGAGCUGCAUUCUUGCUUCUGUAAAGAUUCAUCCCAGGACCUAACAGAGAGCUCCCAUCGCAGGGCUGCGUGCCAGGCUCUUCCCCUCAUCUACCCUUUCUCUUCCCACCGAACGGACUAAAACUAUUACAUCCACGGCUACUGACUGGAUUACCUGCGACCACAGAAAGGAUAUCCACCCAGAUAAAACAGCUUUGCUCGUGUGGUGCCAAGGAUUUGAAACCAGACUAAUCCUCUGUUUGAUCAAUGAGCCUCAUGUUGGUGACUCUCUUCUUCCACACAGCUGUGGCCAGUUUCCGACCUACUCUCUCUCUGUUUCCCUCACUCCGUCUCCCCCCUCAAAAACUGAAAACAGCUUAGCAGGGGUUAUUUAGAGGUUGUUAAAACAUUAUUUGAUAGACAUUCGCCCCCUGCCUGAAGGUAAAUCAGUUGAGGAGCUUACAUGGACCCGAACAUAAAUGCGGAACUGAGGGCACAAGGAAGGAAAUUACCUUGAUAUGCCUUUAUUUCCGUGUUGAAGGCAUUUGUAUUUGACUCGCUACCCCAGCAGGACAGCCUUGCUGUGACUACACAGAGAAGAUUUGGUUUAAAAACACUGGAUUUUCUGUGACCAAGGCCACUAGCAGCCUAUAAUGAGUUAAUGAAGAAUCUUUGAGAGGCUUUACGGUCCGUCCUCAUGGCCUCGCUUUCAUCCUUCAUGAUGGACAUUUUGACUUUGUUCGAGGGCAUGCCCGAUGUAAAUUCAUGAGCACCUCUUUUAUGUGUAUGUAAGAUAAUUUGUGUAUAUAUACAUAUAUAAAUACAUAACAUAUAAGAUGACAGAUCCAAGAAGCUGAAAAAUAUAUUUAAGACUCUAUUAGGCACUAAAGCCCCGUGGUGGAAUAUUGAUCAGCCACUGAAUAUAAGUACAGUUCAUACUUAUCCAGAGGCUGUUGUCCUAAUAUGGUGUGUGUGUGUAUAGGACUGCUUUGCAGUGUAUGCUUGCAUUGGAAAAAGCCACAACAGAGUCAUAAAAAUAAGUAUUGGUCACUUUUCGUCAUUCAGCAAUGUCCUUGGUUAAGCCAGAAAAUGCUUGUAGUUUCUGUAAAGAUGAGGAAAACACUGUAUAGAACUGCCUCACAAAAGAAAGCAGCACUAACAACCACCCCUGAGCUUUUCACUGGGAUACAGUAGGGACAUGGAACAGUAGCAGAAAGACUCGGACCAUAAUCGGACAGUUAGUCACGGGCGACUGCUUGACUGUGUUUCUUGUGUAGAUCUCCCUCUCACACACUAGAGAGAGGUGAUUUAUUCAAAAUGACAGUGAGAACGUAUUAGUCACAAUGGAGAAGCAUACAGUUAUCCCCCAGUAGAUAAAAGUACA